AUGUCUUUGCAUCGCUGGUCGCUUCCGAGUAGGGCAUUCGCGCGUGGCAAGCCCAGCGCUGAAGACCCGAAACAACCCACCAAGUCCUCCACCAUCCAUAUUGGCCAGCCUGGAAUGCUUCGAAGAGGCGAUCUUUCGGCCGCUUUCGGGGCGCUUUUCGAGAAUGCUGAGAACCGUCGAGCCGACUCGAAUCUUGAAGACACACGACGCGGGCCAGACGGGCUUCGACCGUUGGCAUCUCGUGCCGAGAACGUACCCCACAUAGUCAAUCGUAAAUCUUCGCAUGUUCAAGAGCUACAGGAUACAACCCCAGGUGGACUUGACGACGUAUCAGCGAACAACGGAGGGAAACCCGACAUCGCAACAAGGGACCCUGUUGUCCAUCGUCUGCAGGGCCCGUUGAGUCCCAUGCACGGCGUGUUCGGUCGUACACCUCUUACGUCGCAGCAGCAGGAUGAGCCCCGGAAGAUCCGGUCCUUCAGCUUGUCUAGUUCUACGGAUGAGAGCCGCGAAGAAACCCAAGAGAAGGAUCUACCAAAACUCAUAGAGUCAACCUAUUCUCUCAACCGAGUCCGCAGUGCCUCUUCGUCUUACCCCUCGGAAGGUAUCCGUUCUCCCAAUGACCUGGGUCGGUCGCCAGAGCCGACCGUGUACACCCAGCAUCUGGUAUCCGACUUGUCACGCUAUGGUGAAUACCUUUCACAGGGUUCUUGUUACACACCCAACAUGUCGGCAAACGAGAUGCCAGGUCGGGACCAGGGGGUCGAUCAUAACAUUGGUGAAGGAUUACCAGCAAAUGGUGAGACUUCAGAUACGGGCUAUGAAGCUGAUAGCGAGGACCGUGGCCACGAGCGUCGACUCUCCACAAUUCCCUCCAGUACGGUCAUAGACAUGAAGGAUACUACAAUAUCGCAAUCACAUUCUGGAGGUGAUCUUUCCCCAGAGAAACACCCUGGAAACCAGAACUCAUCUCCACUGGGCGGCUUUAUGGUGCCCAUUCUGCAUGACCAGAGCUCUCGUGCGGAAAUGGAGGUCUCUCAUAUGGCGAUGAGAGGGCCUAGACGCACGAGUACAUCUGAGGAUUACGAUUGCUAUAGAAUCAGCAAUGUCGGCUCAACAGACCGCUUGCGUCCGAGUACCGAUACCGCCUCGACUUCCCCCACAACCAUCCGUAGGCAUAGCCAAGCCGAAACAUCCCAGAAAAUGCCUACAUCAACGCUCCACCAUUCACGAAGGUCUGUUGCGGGCGAGGGCUCAGCAAGUCACUCGGUCGGAUCCGAGCUACCGAAAUUGUCCUUCGCAACCAGAAACAUGUCCUCAAUUACCCUGGUUCAUCGCCUACAGAAGUUCAAGUUCAAGAAGUGGGUGAAGAAAGUGUGCCUUCAAACCAAGGUCCGCUUUGAACACGACUCGAAGCCGACGUCAUCCUCGACGGUACUACAUGGCAGAAAAUCGACCCCUAAGAAGUCCCGAGCGACCAAGAAGAAGCACUUUAGAAGAAAGAAGAAGACCAUCUUCCCGCUUUGGCAUCCUUCUAAAACUAAUUUGACAACCAGGAAGUUUACAAAGAAGCAGAAGAAGGCCGCCCUGAAGCUCUUUGACUCAAUGCAAGCCAAGAAGAGUCUACAGUUCCCCGUCACCAUAAGGACAGAGGCGAACGGCACAAUUAGCCUCAGAAGAACUCAGUCGUGUCCAGCAGAGAUAGGUCUAUGA